AUGGAUAUGACUGUCACAGCCUGGGAGACUGAGCUCACACCAACCGAUGAAAGUAAUCAGGACUUCUAUCAACAUUAUACAGGGGAAAUAAUCCUGCAAAUACUGACAGUCAUUGUGGCCCUGGUGGGGCUGGCAGGGAACGCGGUGGUACUCUGGCUCCUGGGCUUCCAAAUGGGCAGGAAUGCCUUCUCUGUCUACAUCCUCAACCUGGCUGGAGCCAACUUCCUCUUCCACUGCUGUCAUAUUAUACAUGUUUUAAGUUCAAUUUUCAACUUUGUCAUUGAAAUAAUAUUCAGAUUUCUCCCGCCUGUGGCCAUGUUUGCCUACAUCUCAGGCAUGAGCAUUCUCAGCGCCAUCAGCACGGAGCAUUGCAUGUCUGUCCUGUGGCCCAACUGGUACCGUUGCCGCCACCCCACUCACCUGUCCUCUAUCAUGUGUGCCCUGCUCUGGGCCCUGUCUCUGCUAUGGAGCAUGCUGAAAGAGAACUACUGUAGUUUCCCGAAUUGGAGUGUGCAUCGUGUUUGGUGUCAAGUUAUGGAUUUCAUCACUGUGGCAUGGCUGAUUUUGUUAUUUGUGCUUCUCUCUGGGUCCAGCCUGGCCCUGAUGACCAGACUGAUGUGUGGCUCUCAACGGGUGCCCCCCACAAGGCAAUACAUGACUGUGUUGCUCACAGUACUGCUCUUCAAACUCUGUAGCCUGCCCAUUGUCAUCAACUGGUUCCUCAUAGUCUGGUUUCCAAAUAAAUAUCGUCCCCUCUUUCAUAUUCACAUGACUGUAUUUCUUCUGUCCUGUGUCAACAGCUGUGCCAACCACUUCAUUACCUUCUUCGUUAGCUCCUUCAGGCAGCGAUGUCAGAAGCAGAGACACCCUCUGAGGCUGGCUCUCCAGAGGGCUCUGCAGGACACUCCUGAGGUGGAUGAACCUGGAAAAAGCCUUCCUGGGGAAACCCUGUGCAGGUGGGGAAGCAGUCUGGGGCAGUGA